AAAGAUCAAAAUGUUACGACUCAAUAUAGACUGUCUUAUACUCAUUUUUAAUGAUGUGCGAGACAAAAAUUCUUUACAUUCUUGUCUUUUGGCUAAUAGGGAAUGGUGUCGUGUAGUAGUUCCUAUAUUAUGGAAUAAUUUUUCUUGGUGUAACGAAGACGAGGAUGAAUCGAUUUUUUUCGACAUGAUACUUUCUUUAUUGCCAUCCUCUUCAAGACAGUAUUUAUCUAAUAAUCGCAUUAAAUUACCUCCAUCAAUUCUUUCAAAGCCUCCAUUUUUUAAUUAUAUUAGUUUUUGCAAAUUUCCAGAGGCCGAUGCUAUAAAAAGAAUUACGGAAAUGGUUUUAGACUUUAAUAAUUAUGAUAACAAAAAAAAAAAUCUUUUAGAACAAGAAAUUUACAAGUUAUUUGUUAGUCAAUGUAAUAAUGUUAAAGAAUUAAAUUGGACAAAUUCACAACCUUUAUCAUUAUUUCCUGGAGCAUCAACAUGCUUCUCUCAAUUACAUAGUUUGUUUAUUGAUCCUAAUUCCGUAAAUUCAAAUGCUCUUUAUCAGAUAUCAAAAAUUUGUAGAUAUUUGAAUACAUUGAUUAUUUAUAAUUGUUCUCAAGAUCUUCCUGAAUUAGUUUCUUUAAUAGAUUCUCAGAGAAAUUUAAAGAAUGUAAAAAUUUAUAGUGACAACGAUUUGAGAAGAAAUUAUAAAAAACUAAGCGAAGCAUUAGCUAGAAAGAGUAAUACGAUAAAACAUCUUCAUUUGAACUUAUUAACUGAAUCACCUUCAUUAUCAUUAGAUAAUCUAACAGUAUUAUCAAUUUCUGGUUGGUACACAGAUGAUGAAAUUAGAGGAUUUCAACAUUAUCUUUCAGUUUUAAAAUUUCCGGACCUUCAAUCCCUUUAUGUUACGGGAUCAAUUUAUACUUACGAUUUAGCAACAUUAAUUCGAAAAACAAAUGGGAAUAUUUCGCGUGCUUUCUUUAAUGGUAUCAAUAAGGAAGACAUAGUAAUUUUGAUUCAUGCAAUUGCUAAUAAUUGUCGAAAAAUUGAGAUUCUACAUAUGAAUCUUAACCCUAGACAUCUGAUCUUAUUGCUAAGUAAUUGUAAAAAUUUGGUAGAAAUAAACCUUUCACAUGAUUACACUGAUGAUGACUUAUCUUCGGGUGAUGAUUUAUUAAAUAUAUUAGCGGAUUAUUCACCAAAAUCCUUGACUAACAUAACCAUUAGUUCAUCGACAUUUUCAGCUCGUGUUUUAGACCAAUUUUUUGAAAGCUUUAGAAAAAAACCCUUAAAUUAUUUUCAUGUUAAGAAUACUUAUUAUUAUCUUGAUAAAUAUGAAGAUAUAGUUAGGAAAUUUAUUAAUGAAGGAAUAGUAAAAUAUUCAAAUAUAUGUCCAUAUUCAUAGGAAAUACAAUAUGUACACUUAAUGAGAUCUCUAUGAAUUAUAAUUGGUUUGGUUAAGAAUGAAUCUUUUACUAUACAAAGAAUUUAUUUUGUGUAAUAAGAAGUAAUCAAAAUUUAAAUAUUUUUUAAAAAAA